AGCUACCACCCCCUUGGGCACGACAGCUGCUCCAGCUGCUCCUGGUCGGGUCGAGCUUCUGAGCUCCGAACCGCGGCUGCCCCGGGCAGUGGGCGAGCUGAGGUGAUACCAGGACGACCCGCGGGGUGGGCCGACCAGGGAGCCGCCAGGCCGCUGGUGGGGAGUGUGGGUCACCGAGGGACCGGCCACUGGAUCCAGCCAGAGAGGUGCCUCAGCCGAGUCUGAGAGUGAGCCCCUGGCCCAGUCCUCACUGGCCUCACUUCACUAUAAACCAGCCCCAGGGAUGAAGAGGAUGCAACUGUAUGAUCGUUGCAGGUAGCAACCCAGCCCAAAAAUUGUGUCAUGAAAUCCAAGACUUUGACCCAGAUAAUGUGAUAGGAUCUUCCUGUGAUUUGGGGCCAUAUCCUACUUAGAUGAAGUCGGGACUUGCAGCUUUCCCGAGCGCUUGGUACUACAGGCAGGCUUCUUGCUUGCUUGGUAUAGGUUACCAUGCCAUCUCUGCCUCAAGAUGGGGUUAUUCAGGGAUCGUCUCCUCUGGACCUGAGUACUGAAUUAUCUUAUCAAUGCACAAUGAAAAGGAAAGUCAGAAAAAAGAAGAAGAAGGGAAUUAUUACAGCGAAUGUUGCUGGGACAAAGUUUGAAAUUGUUCGUUUAGUAAUAGAUGAGAUGGGAUUUAUAAAGACUCCUGAUGAAGAUGAGACAAGCAAUCUUAUCUGGUGUGAUGCUGCCGUCCAGCAGGAGAGGAUCACAGAACUGCAGAACUACCAGAGAAUCAACCAUUUUCCAGGAAUGGGGGAGAUCUGUAGGAAGGAUUUCUUAGCAAGAAAUAUGACAAAAAUGAUCAAGUCUCGGCCUAUGGAUUACACUUUCGUUCCACGAACCUGGAUUUUCCCUUCUGAAUAUACUCAAUUCCAAAACUAUGUGAAAGAAUUGAAGAAAAAACGGAAGCAGAAAACUUUUAUAAUAAAACCAGCUAAUGGUGCGAUGGGUCAUGGGAUUUCAUUGAUAAGAAAUGGGGAUAAAAUUCCAUCUCAGGAUCAUUUGAUAGUUCAAGAAUACAUUGACAAGCCUUUCCUAAUGGAAGGCUACAAGUUUGAUUUACGGAUUUAUAUUUUGGUUACAUCCUGUGAUCCAUUAAAGAUAUUUCUCUACCAUGAUGGGCUUGUGCGAAUGGGGACUGAGAAGUACAUCCCACCAAAUGAAUCCAACUUGACACAGUUAUACAUGCAUCUGACCAACUACUCCGUGAACAAACACAACGAACGGUUUGAACGCAAUGAAACUGAAGACAAAGGCAGCAAACGUUCAAUCAAGUGGUUUACAGAAUUCCUCCAGGCCAAUCAACAUGAUGUUACUAAGUUCUGGAGUGAUAUUUCAGAGUUGGUGGUAAAGACUCUGAUUGUCGCAGAACCUCAUGUCCUGCAUGCGUACCGGAUGUGCAGACCUGGUCAGCCCCCAGGGAGUGAGAGUGUCUGCUUCGAAGUCCUGGGAUUCGACAUCUUGUUGGAUAGAAAGCUCAAGCCAUGGCUUCUGGAGAUUAAUCGAGCCCCAAGCUUUGGAACUGAUCAGAAAAUAGAUUAUGAUGUUAAAAGAGGGGUUCUGCUGAAUGCACUGAAGCUGCUGAACAUCAGGACCAGCGAUAAAAGGAAAAACUUGGCCAAACAGAAAGCGGAGGCUCAGAGGAGGCUAUAUGGUCAAAACCCAACAAGAAGGCUUUCGCCAGGCUCCUCCGACUGGGAACAGCAGAGGCACCAACUGGAGAGGCGGAAAGAAGAGUUGAAAGAGAGACUCCUUCAAGUACGAAAGCAGGUUUCACGGGAAGAGCAUGAAAACCGACAUAUGGGGAAUUACAGGAGAAUUUAUCCCCCCGAAGAUAAAGCACUGCUUGAGAAGUACGAGGGUUUGCUGGCUGUCGCCUUCCAGACCUUCCUUUCAGGAAGAGCAGCUUCAUUCCAGCGUGAACUGAACAAUCCCCUGAAGAAGAUGCGGGAGGAAGAUCUUCUAGAUCUUCUGGAACAGUGUGAAAUCGAUGAUGAAAAGCUGAUGGGGAAAACCGCCCGGGUCCGAGGACCGAAGCCCCUGUGCUGCAUGCCGGAGUGUGCAGAGGUCAUGAAGAAGCAGCAACAUCACGGUAGCAGCGAAAGCAGCUAUGACAGCAGCAGCAGCAGUAGCAAUUCAGAACUGGAUGAGGACGAGAAAGAGCUGUGUCAGAAGAGACUAGACCAAGUCCCAUAUAGCCUUAAGCACACCAGUCACUGCAAGAUAAUCCAACAAUCCAGUGGAAGUUACAACCUUAUCUACUCAGAGUCACCGGUGUAUCUAACUACUUUAGUUUUCUUGUCUGAAUUUCCAGAUUCCAUGAGGCGUUCAGUCAGCUGCCCUCGGUCCAUCUCUGCUCACAUACCUUCCAAAGGGGAUGUGCGCCCCUUUUCUUGUCAACAAGUGAUACCGUUAGCACGACCAACGUCAGCAUCUCGGUCACAUUCCUUAAAUCGUGCUUCCUCCUACACGAGACACCAGCCUCACAGCAGUGAUGCCAGCUCUACCAACACUCUGGUGAACGAGUCUUUGCGGCAAUUGAAAACCAAAGAGCAGGAAGACGACCUCACCAGUCAGACCUUGUUUGUCCUCAAGGACAUGAGGAUCCGCUUUCCAGGGAAGUCGGAUGCGGAGUCAGAGCUCCUGAUAGAAGACAUCAUGGAUAACUGGAAGCAUUAUAAAACAAAAGUGGCUUCAUAUUGGCUCAUAAAAUUGGACUCUGUAAAACAACGGAAAGUCUUGGACAUAGUAAAAUCAAGUAUUCGUACAGUUCUUCCAAGAAUCUGGAGGGUCCCUGAAGCUGAAGAGCUGAGUUUAUACCGGAUUUUCAACAGGGUAUUUAACCGCUUACUCUGGAGUCAUGGCCAAGGACUGUGGAGCUGUUUCUGUGAUUCAGGAUCCUCUUGGGAGAGCAUCUUCAAUAAGAGCCCGGAGGUGGUGACUCCUCUGCAACUCCAGUGUUGCCAGCGCCUGGUGGAGCUUUGCAAGCAGUGCCUGCUAGUGGUUUACAAAUACACCACGGAAACAAGAGGACCCAUCUCAGGCAUUGGACCCGACUGGGGGAAUUCCAGUGCUGCCACCCCAUCUGGCUUGAACCUGCCCAGGCUUUGUGCAAGCUGCCACAAGUCUCUGUAUUUGCUUCCAGGAAGUACCCAAUUCCUCAUGAGGUCACCACUGUACAACAUGAAAUAUAAUUCAUCCGGAAUGACUCGCUCCAAUGUUUUGUUUACGUCCCGCUAUGGCCGUUUGUGAAACUGAGUGGAAGAUUGCCAUGGGCUAUGCUUAUUAGCAAUUCACUUAUUUCCUCCAGUUGAACCUUAAGGAAGUGACCCUUAUAUGCUGUUUUAUGUAUAUAUGUCAUAUAAGUGUGUGAAGCACAUACACACAUGCACUCAAGUAACAUAUAAAUAUAUAUAUUUAUUAUAUGUAAGAAGAAUUAGCAGAAAACUGAAUAUAAGAUUUAACCUUUCUGGAAAUGUAAUAAACCAUGUUAAAGUUGUUUACACAAAUACGCAAAUGUGUAGAAUUUGCUAGGUUUAUAAUUAAUUACUUCCUACUAGAAAUGUUAUUUUUGCUGCAGAAUUGAUUCUGAAGAUCCCAUCAUGGUGUUAUAAAUUAUUUUCUAGAUAAUAGGGCUUUUGACUUGGGAUUGUAUCUUAUUACUUCUCUCACUAUUAGUAGCUAUUUAACUGGGAAACAUAAGACUUAGACACCUGGGGCUGUCUUGCCCAUAGGAUUAGGCUCAAACGGGUUUGUUGUUACUAUAGCACACAGUAAAGUACUAGAAAAUAUCCCAGCCUGACUCUCCAACAUUUUACUCCCCUAGGUGGGAAUUUAGCUGCUUGUUCCAGUACACAUUUUCAAUAAAGAUCUGGUAAAAUCAUGAAUCGUGCAAAAAUGAGAGGCAAUCCAGUGGGUUAUGAAUAAAAUGUAAGCAUGCUUUGAUUUGACUUUUCAUGGGGAGUCCCAUAGAGAAGCGAGACGACGGCAGUGACAGAAACUUGUCUGUGUGACUUGUGUCACUUUUCUUUGGAAGGUAUAUCUUUGAUAGGCUUAAGUCUCUCAGUGUUGAGGCCAGUUUACCUCGAAAAGUCCAAUAAGAGUAGUUUCUCAUUUCACCUCAGAAAAGAAUCCAAAGAUUCUGAAGAGAAGGCCCUAGUGAGCCCAGGUCGCUGUUCAUUGGUGUAAUCUGGAGGGAGUCUUCCUUCAAAGUUCAGUAUGAAGUUGUCUUCCUGUCCAGAGGCUUCAUGCUUGUGUUUCAGAGCAGCAUGUCCCCCGUUCUCCCUUGUCUUCCCUGCCAUCUGAAAACCAGUGUAUGUUCUCCGUUUUCCAUACAAAUAGAGACAUAUACCCUAUGGAUUUUUGAACUCAGAAAAUACAAUAUUUUAUUUUUGAUUUUACUCAUACAUGUUAAGUUUUUGAAAAACUCAGAAUAUUUGCCACCUUCUCAUAUUUUCUCAUAGUCCCAGUAACUGAAGAAGGGACUCAAAGCUGCAGGAAGUCAUUUGGCCUGGUCUCCUUCAACGCUGGAUGGGUACUGACCCAAAGUUGUAAGAUUUAGCUAUUUCACUUUCAAACCUACCUUUGGAGAGUAUACUUUCACUGUAACAUUCAUCUUUUUUACACACAUUACCAGCAGCUACUUAACCUCUUUAUGCCUGCCUACCCACAUGAAUUCUAGCAGAGACUUUCCUUACUGGAAACAUCCCCCAGAAUUUUGUCUUAUGCUUUUGAAAGAGAAUAAAGCCUUCUGAGAAAGAAGAGUGUGGUACUUAGGAGUCCAUAUCAUGGAUUCUUCAACAUGGCAUAGAGUUCUGAGAAUAAAUGAUGCAAACACUGGAACACUUCAGAACUUUUAUGGAAAUAAUAAACAAAUCAGCCCCCUUUGAGGUUUACUUGUAGCCAUAUUUGUUUUCAAUUCAUAGUAUAAAAAUCACAGAGGAAUAAAAGAAAAAACAUAAAAGUUAUGGAUAUGUCACUUAAAAUGAUUGUUAAAUGAUACCAACUGAGUUAGUUGGCCAUUCACUUUGUUUGUCUUAAAUCACAAAUGAUCAUUUGAUCGGAUAGAGUAUAUACUCUGAAACUUCUAUCAGGUACUAGGAAGGAAUUCUCAUUAAAAAGGGGGGAGAUGUCCACACUGGAGUUCUCACCCUAGAAACACACAUUAAAGCUAAGAGUAAAUGUAACAACAUAAAACUGCCAAGCGUUUGUGAAAGACCCGUAUUCCCUUAUCUAUCCAUGCAAGGCCUUAUUUUGAGCACUAGAAUUUUAUUGCCUGCAUUUUCCUGUUGGAACAAGUUGGGUAGAAUGAAGUGGUGGAGAAAGCCAUGUGCUCAUUAUUUAUGUCAUUACUGGGGGUGCUGUGGACCAUGGUUGUCAUAGCACCAUCCCCUAAUGAGUGGUCACGAUAAGACAGGAUAAUGAGCCGCGGAAGUCUCAGGAGGCCACAGACAGGUAUUAGGGGUAUAAAAUAUUCCUUAGAUUUUGUUAUUAAUUUCUUGUGCAUAUGCUUAAAACACAUCUGCAGUAGAGACAGUGCAAAUCUCUCUCUAAUGGAAGAGAAAGAAAACUCCAGGGUUUUUUCUUAGAAUGGAUUUUGGUUCACCUGCAAGGAAGGGGAUGAGUAUAGACUUGCAGUAUAGACUGCUGUUUGGUUCAUCGCCGGGUUGGAAUGCUUCCCCAAACUAAAAUACGGAUAGUUCCCCAAUUGUCUAUGUAGUAACUUGUUUGGUUUUUUUUUUUGUCCUCACCUGCAAACAGAAUCUCAAGGUACAGUUUAGUUUUCACUUGAGUAAGCCAGCCUUGAAGGUUUGAAUCUGUUAAAAGACCUUGCUGCAAUAUAAACAUUAAGUUGGAUAUGGAGCACAGGGUGAAGCAGCCUUGCUGUCUGUAAGAUGCAACGGUGUGCCUAAAUUAGAUUGAAGAUUUUGUUACUCGUCUCGAAAGUUCAAACCAAACCAAAACCAAAACCUUUUCUUUCACCUAAUAUUUAUGCAGACAUAGAGAACAAGUGCUUCCCAGGUAUCAGGAAGGUGAUUUCCUUCAAAUUAUCUCAUUAGCUUGAAAAGUAGAUCAGGGUGGGAUCAUGCUGAUGUGAAAUCUUAGAUAUUUGAAUAGGAAUUCAGUGCUUUCUUCCUUAACAUGUCAAUGUUAUUCUGUGUAAACAUUAUCUUCAAACUUAAACAUAUGCAACACACACUAUUCAAAAAUACCAAAAAAGAUAGCUGCAUACAUGUCACUACUCAAUCUUCUAUAAAGCACUUAUUCAUUCUUAAAUAUAUAUUCUUUUAAAAAUAGUAAAUACCUCAAAAGUGACAGAAAAUUCCUUCCUUCUCUAUUUAGCAAUUACUAGUUUACAUUCUGAAAUCUCAUAUACUUGGUUCUAAGCAUUAAAUAACAAUAAAAAUAUAACUAUACAAUUAACGUUCUUGUGACCUGGUGGUUUUUGGACGUUUACUUUUCUCUUUAAAUUGAGAGCUUUGAGUGAAAGGGCCGUCUUAUCUACUUAUUAAUUGCUAGAUAUUUAAUUGUUUUGAACUAAUGUUGGCUUGUAAUGAAAAUGAAAUGAAAAACGUAGAAAUAUAUUCAUAAAGCAAAUGAUUCUUCACACUGCUUUCUCUCUUUCCUGUUCUUUAAAUUCACUUUGAAGCUUUAGCUGUGCAUGGACAAGGUAAAGAAAGAAAUAUUGCCUUUUAAACUGGUCUUCCUUGAAUUUUUAUAGUGGUGUGUUUUUACCCCAGCAAGAAUAACACUUUGAUGAAAUGUUGGGUCAGUUCAGUUUGCCGAGAACUUUAGGAACAAGGUUGAAGCCCGUGUGCCCCAAGCACACACAGUGUCCAUCCAUGUGAGGUGCGAUGCACUUUAACGGUCUUGUGACAGAAACUGAUGUGUUGAAAUGGCACCUGUUGAGAUUGCUUCUAUUUCUGAGGGUCUGCCAUGCAGUAGAAUGUGUUGGAAGAAAUUUACUCAGGUAAUCCAUUGUGAUCUUAAGAGGGAUGUGUCAGCUAGGAAGAUCUGUAUAGAACUUCUGCUUUAUCACCACUUAUGAACUGGAAAGCUCCUGCUUUGACAAACACAUCACUCAACAGACUAAGGACUCGUAAAUUAGUAAGAAGGCUUGCCUUUGAAAAGUGGUCAGAUAAUUAUUCUAUUUCUUUCAAAGGCUACUAGUCAUUUUUGGUCCAUGAGUUCGUAUAGCAACUACUCUACAUGCUAAAGCAUCUGAAUUUUAAUGGAGACUAAAUUUGAGGGUGAAAGAAUACAUUUGCUAACACGAAUCAUGGGCCAAAUUAUCCCUGUCUGCUUUGCUCCCUGUAUGUGAAUGCAAAUGUUACAAAGAUCCGCUUGAAAUGUCAACAAAGUGUGCAGUUGGCAUUGCCAUGGCAUGCCCUACCAUGUGACACCUGUAUGGUGAACCUACUUCAAUUACUAUAAUAAAAAUGUCAACACAAGAAA